CUCUCUCUCACACACACACACAGACACACACACAGACACACACACAUCACUUCCUCUCUCCCACAUCGAGCUCAGUGUCAGCGGGCCCCGAGCGCGACAGUCUCCUCUCGUUAUGCAGCUUUACUCGAGUCUCCCGUUGAGUCUGGAGUCGCUCUCCGUGAAUCAUGUCUUCGCUCUCGCGUUGCUUGUGUGCUCGGCGAUAGUGGUUAAAUUACUGGUUAUGAGGAGAAGAGGGAUCCGAAGUAUGGAGGCUUUUCCAGGACCACCUGCACACUGGCUCAUCGGACACGUCAAGGAGUUUCGCCAGGAUGGACAUGAUUUGGAAAAGAUUAUGAAGUGGAGUGGACAGUAUCCUUUUGCUUUUCCGCUGUGGUUUGGCCCAUCAUUGUCCAUUCUGAACAUCCACCACCCAUCAUAUGUGAAGACCCUUCUCACCACUACAGAACCCAAAGAUGAUUAUGCAUACAAGUUUUUCAUCCCUUGGUUAGGCGAUGGCUUGCUUGUGUCUACUGGACAGAAGUGGUUUCGGCACAGACGGCUUCUCACUCCUGGUUUCCAUUAUGAUGUUCUGAAGCCUUAUGUGAAACUUGUUUCUGAUUCAACCAAAGUCAUGCUUGAUAAGUGGGAAGUUUAUGGCAAAUCGGGAGAGUCGUUUGAACUGUUUAAGCAUGUAAGUCUGAUGACGCUGGACAGCAUCAUGAAAUGUGCGUUCAGCUGUAACAGCAACUGUCAGACAGACAGUGGAACCAACCCGUACAUCCAGGCGGUGUAUGACCUCUGCCACCUGGUGAACGUCAGGUUCAGAGUGUUUCCUUACCACAGCAAGGCCAUAUUUCAUCUCAGUCCACAUGGAUACAAAUUCAGGAAGGCGGCCAGAAUAGCACACAAUCAUACAGCGGAAGUUAUCAGAAAGAGGAAAGAAGUCUUGAAGAUUGAGGAGGAACAGGGCAUUGUUAAAAACAAACGAUAUUUGGACUUUUUGGAUAUUCUUCUGUCUGCCCGAGACGAGCAUCAGCAGGGUUUGUCAGAUGAAGAUAUCAGGGCUGAGGUGGACACAUUCAUGUUUGAAGGCCAUGACACCACGGCCAGUGGAAUAUCUUGGAUCUUCUACAAUCUGGCAUGUAACCCUGAGCACCAGGAGAAAUGCAGAGAGGAGAUCCUGCAGGUUCUGGAUGGAAAAGACACAGUGGACUGGGAAGACCUUAAUAAAAUUCCUUAUACCACAAUGUGCAUUAAAGAAUCCCUGCGGCUUUGCCCUCCUGUCCCGGGAAUAUCACGAAAGUUGACUAAACCCUUGACCUUCUUUGAUGGACGGACUGUACCUGAAGGUUGUACCAUUGGAGUCAGCAUUUAUGGGAUCCACAUGAAUGCCUCAGUGUGGGAGAAUCCAUAUCUGUUUGAUCCGUUGAGGUUUCUGCCGGAGAAUGUUGCUGAGAGGUCACCGCAUGCUUUUGUGCCCUUCUCUGCUGGACCCAGAAACUGCAUCGGACAGAACUUUGCCAUGAAUGAGAUGAAAGUCGCAGUGGCGCUGACACUGAAGAAAUACCGGCUGAUUAAAGACCCCCAGCACAUCCCCAAGAUGAUCCCUCAAGUCGUGCUCAGAUCACUCAAUGGAAUUCACAUCAAGAUCAAACCAGUAGAAAAUGAUUUAUGAUCUGUUUGCGGGUACAUUGAGUCUGUUUGACAUGCUAGGAGGUGUGUUUGCCUUAAUGACUUCAUUUAAAUAUUUAAUAUACAUUUAACACCUGGAAACUGGAUGGUUAAUAAAUACCACACACUAAAGUG